CUCACCACCAUCACCCACACCCUCAUCCUCGCUGUCCUCGCAGAUAAACACAGGUGAUAAAACGCAUCAGACCAUUAGUAAGAACUCCUUUAAGCUGGAGUACACAUCGUGGUUUUAUUCUAUCUCAAACAAAUCAUGAGUCACAUGACAGCCAUGGUUGCUGCUUUUGUUUUGUUUUUCUUUGCUACCAUGACAACACAUGCAGUCGUCGCGAUGAUCGCCGUUAAAACUUACCAGAAAGCUAACGAGCAGUCGUUGACUGAACAGGAAAUGACGCUAUCAACAAGGUCCGUGAUCCAUUGCGCCUUCAAGUGUAGGCAAUACUCACACUGCACAGUGUUUGCUUACGACCAUCAGCUUUCAUUGUGUUUACUCCGCUCAUCCAUGUCGGCGACGACAGGUUCUGCUAACAUCAGUACAGACAACCCACUGUCGGUGUACAAAGACGCUGAUCGUCGUUGUCCGGACGACUCACUUAACAUAAGUCACGGGUCAGUGACCAUACAACGGUCUCUGUGGUCAGUGGAAGGAAACGUCACCUGUGACGACGACUACUUGCUCCUUCAAACUGUGACGUCAGCGGUGACGUGUUUGGAUGAUGGAAGCUGGACGUCGAUCAACGCUCAGUGCCUGAAGAGGGUGUGGAGGUACCCCGAGACAGAUCGACUAAGUCCAGACUCUUUCAUUUUUCCCAUACCUGGGACAGUGAUCGAGGGGUGGUCUGUGUGUGUGAAUGGAGUUCCUACUAUCAACACCAGAACAGCAGCCGAGAUUUUUAGCGGUUCCAACAUUAGCCGUCCAGUCCACACAAGCUGGCGAUUUGCUGGUUACGUGGACGUCAAUGACAUGGUCAGGGCUUAUGGGGAACAGAGACGUUUGUGAUGAACCCGCCAUUCCCCUUGCUGGUCGGAAAACCGUUUUUCUUAAGGAUGGCAGUGAGAAACUCCACCAUUAUUGAUAUCUACAUGAACGAUGUCUUCUUCAACAGUCAUUAUCUCAAACUUCCUCUCUCGUCGUUCUCUCACAUCAACAUAUACGGAGAUGUCAACGUGACGAAAGUCGAAACGUGGUGCAAAGAGUGACUGAGGACAGCUCUGUGUACAGCUGUACACUAUGUUUAGUAGACGAAAUUCUUCUGCGAUUAGUUAAUAAUAUCUUAUUACAAAAAAUGAGUAUACUAUUAUAUCUUAGCAAACCCUCUUCUGCACAAUUACGAUCGCGAUACUUGUGCUAUCUUAGGGAACAUUCAAAUCGUCGGCCUCCAAGGUUUUCAGACUCAAUGACUGGUGUAUGUUCUUACAAAUCUUACUGUCAAAGAAAUAGCAUUCCCAACGUGCUUUAAGAAGAAGGAUUUGGGUUUUUUUUCAGCCUGUUUCUGUUAUUUCACAGCCUACGAUGAGUGGCAGUGUGUUUUUAUGACAAAUAUAAACUCACUUGCAUUAUUCCUGUGACGAUAUAUUUGAGCAGGAGGUUUACAAAAACAAAUGUUUUGGAAGACUAGAAUGCACUGGAACAGUUUUCACACCACUUUUCUAUGAUUCUACUCUAGCUGACCAUGAGCCAUUAUUUCCAUCUGUAAGCCAUACAGAGGGAGGGAAUACCAUUCCCACUGCCUUCCAGACGGACUUCAACAGAGCCAUUCAGACCAGCAGGCGGUUCUAUUGUUUAUUUUAUCAUGUUAAAAUUUGAUACCAGAAGCUUUGUGUGAAAUCUAAAACACCAUGUUGUGAACUGUCGAUGGGUAAUCAACAAACCUUUAUGCGUCCAGCAUGUAAACACCACUGAUACUUUUAAAGAUUCAUUUACAUCGUCCUUGUCCAAUGUCUGUUUCCAUACCAUUGUUGGAUUGCUUCUUGCUGGGCAUCUAUUCAGUCAGCAAGCUUCAGAGUUGGAUCGAGUAACAACAAGAACUAAAGAAUAGGUUUGUAGUAUUCCAAAUGUUGAGAAUUUAAAAUGUAUUCACAAAAAGUGUACUGUUUUGGUUAUACAAGUGACAGGUCAUUGGUCUCUGUCAUCUCCCAGCCUUUGUCAACUGGAACUACUGUGUAGCCGACAGACAUUGGGUUGUCACCUUCAACUUUCUCCAAGUCUACAGUUCCCAUUAUUGUUUACCAAAAUCUCUCGAUGAUCUCCUCUUAUGUCAAUGAUGGACUACAGGCAGUUGCUUUAUGUCAUGUACUUUAAAGUUUUAUAUCUAUUUUCUACUUACUUCACUUUUCACAUUUGAUCAACUAGCACGUUUACAAUGUAUCUGUCUUUGCGAAGGAAGUGAUAACCCAAGCUACACAGAUCAGCAAGGAGAUUUCUUGGCUUAUUUUUGCAUUUUACCUUUGAAUUAAAGAUUAAUUUAAUA